AUGAUUUUAAUUAACGAAAAGAGAUAUGAAGAAGCAAUAAAUUAUUUUGAUAAUGCAAUAAGAAUUCAAAAAAAGGCACUUUAUUAUAUAAAUAAAGGAAAUGCUUUAAAGGAGCUGAGUAGAAGUCAUGAAGCUAUUGGGUGCUAUGAUGAAGCAAUUAGAAUAGAUCCAGAAGAAGCUUCAGCAUUCAACGGAAUAGGAAUUAUUUUAGAUAAUGAAAAGAGAUACGAAGAAGCAAAUUUAUAUUACAAUAGAGCUUUAGAAUGUAAACCAAAAAAUUCUAAAAAGAGUUCUGAAAAAUACAUGCAUUAA